AUGGCAUGCAAAGAAUUUUGUGUUGGUUCUACAGACAAUACUUCAGCUAGAAGCUUGCGUAAAACUUCAAGAUUAUUGUCUCGAGUUCAUCUGUACCGAUCCUCAACUAUCAAAGAAUCGAUUGAUAUUCUACAUCUAAACCAAGAAAUUCUGUUGAGGCUUUUAAAACAUAAUAACCUUGGAAUCGAAGAGGGUAUUUUAUGGGACAAUGUGAUUAAAUGGUGUCGGUCACAAACACCUUUAAUCAACGAAAAGAAUGAUAAUAAUUAUACCAAUCUUUCAGAAUGGACUCUUGAGGAUUUUCGCGCGUUAGGAAAAACCUUAGAGCCAUUUGUCCCAUUCAUUAGAUUCUUUGAAAUUUCAUCAGCUGAUUUUUACGAUAAAAUCAGACCAUAUAAAAAAAGUUUGCCACCUGAAUUAUACGAAGAAAUGUUAGCGUUUUAUCUGAGAGGCGCGAAAUCCACGUUGAAUCAACUACCAGUCGGGGUUUCAUUGACCAAACUAGAUUCCAAUAUUAUCACAUGGAAACAUGCGGCACUAUUAGGCAACUGGAUAGAUCACACUGUAAAGCAUCGGAGAAAUCUAUACAGAUUCAAUUUAUUGUUCCGUGCCUCACGUGAUGGGUUCACAACUGCAUUUCAUCGAAAAUGUGAUGAGAAGGGCCGUACACCAGUUAUAAUGGUCCUAUUUACGGGCCAUUUCGGUAAUGGUGAUCUUGGUUUUGCGACGGGUGAAUUGGCUAUGGGGAGUUGCUAUAGGCGUAGUUAUGAUAAUCCGAUUAUGAGUAUCCCUGAUACUCGUUCGGAAUUUCAA